CGCCCCGGGGCCGCUCCCGGCCCGCUCCGAGGGUCGCGCCGGGGAUGAGCCGCCCCCGCUCCCCGGCUCCGCUGCGCUGCGCUCGAGGCGGGAGCGGCCCGGUCCUCCACGCUCCCAGCAUGCCCCGCUCUCCCGCCCGCCUCUCCGGUCGGGGCACAUGCUCGGUGCGUGGGGCCGGCCCGGUUUCCUCCCGGCCUCGUCAGCAGCGCGGGGCCUCCCGAUACCCGCGGUACCCCCGGCAUGGCCCCCCCGACAGGGAAUGUCGUGGACAGCCAAGCCCCGCGGCUCGUGGCCAACCUGCUGCGCUGGGACCUGACGGCCGAGCAGAUCGAGGCCAUGGCCACCGAGCUGACCGAGAGCACCAAGCUCGUCUACGACCGCGUGGGAGCCCAGGAGCGCGGCGAGGUCUCCUACGAGAACACCCUGAAGGCUCUGGCGGACGUGGAGGUGGAAUACACAGUCCGUAGGAACAUGCUGGAUUUCCCCCAGCACGUGUCCCCCUGCAAGGCCAUCCGCGCCGCCAGCACCGAGGCCGACAAGAAGCUCUCGGAGUUCGACGUGGAGAUGAGCAUGAGGCAGGACGUGUACCAGAGGAUUGUGUGGCUCCAGGAGAAAGCAGAGAGCGCUUCCCUGGAGCCUGAGGCUAAGAGGUACCUGGAGAGGCUGAUCAAGCUGGGGAAAAGGAACGGGCUCCACCUCCCCGAGGAGACACAGGAGAAAAUCAAAGCGAUCAAGAAAAAGCUGAGCGUGCUUUGCAUCGACUUCAACAAGAACCUCAACGAGGACACCACCUUCCUGCCCUUCUCCAGGGAGGAACUGGGGGGGCUCCCCGAGGAUUUCCUGAACUCGCUGGAGAAGACGGAGGAUGGGAAGCUGAAGGUCACCCUCAAGUACCCACACUAUUUCCCCCUGCUGAAGAAGUGCUACGUGCCCGAGACCAGGAGGAAGGUGGAGGAGAUGUUCAACUCCAGGUGCAAAGAGGAGAACUGCCUGAUCCUGAAGGAGCUGGUGGACCUGAGGGCUCAGAAGGCCAAUCUGCUGGGCUUCAGCACCCACGCCGACUUCGUGCUGGAGAUGAACAUGGCCAAGAGCAGCCGGACGGUGGCCACGUUCCUGGAUGAGCUGGCCCAGAAGCUGAAGCCCCUGGGGGAGAAGGAGCGGGCCGUGAUCCUGGACCUGAAGAAGAAGGAGUGCGAGAAGCGCGGGCUGGAGUUCGACAACCGCAUCAACGCCUGGGACAUGCGCUACUACAUGAACCAGGUGGAGGAGACCAAGUACAGCGUGGACCAGAACCUGCUCAAGGAGUAUUUCCCCAUGCAGGUGGUCACCACGGGCCUGCUGGCCAUCUACCAGGAGCUGCUGGGCCUCACCUUCCACCUGGAGGAGAAGGCUCAGGUGUGGCACGAGGACGUGCAGCUCUACACGGUGAGGGACACGUCCUCCGGGGAGACCAUCGGCAAGUUCUACCUGGACCUGUACCCACGGGAAGGGAAGUACGGCCACGCCGCCUGCUUCGGCCUCCAGCCCGGCUGCCUCCUGCCGGACUCCAGCCGCCAGAUCUCGGUGGCCGCCAUGGUGGCCAAUUUCACCAAACCCACGCCGGACGCCCCUUCCCUGCUGCAGCACGACGAGGUGGAGACCUAUUUCCAUGAAUUUGGGCACGUCAUGCACCAGCUGUGCUCUCAGGCGCAGUUUGCCAUGUUCAGCGGGACGCACGUGGAGCGGGACUUCGUGGAGGCCCCGUCGCAGAUGUUGGAGAACUGGGUGUGGGAGAAGGAGCCGCUGCUGCGCAUGUCCAGGCACUACAAGACAGGGAGCCCCAUCCCCGAUGAGCUGCUGGAGAAGCUGAUUAAAUCCCGGCAGGCCAACACAGGGCUCUUCAACCUGCGCCAGAUCGUCCUGGCCAAGGUGGACCAGGCGCUGCACACCCAGACCAAGGCUGACCCCGUGGAGGUGUUUGCCCAGCUCUGUGAAGAGGUGCUGGGUGUCCCUGCCACCCCAGGCACAAACAUGCCGGCCACCUUCGGCCACCUGGCCGGGGGCUACGACGCUCAGUACUACGGCUACCUCUGGAGCGAGGUGUACUCCAUGGACAUGUUCCACACCCGCUUCAAGCAGGAGGGAAUCAUGAACUGCAAGGUGGGCAUGGACUACAGGAACUGCAUCCUGCGGCCCGGCGGCUCCGCGGACGCGUCGGACAUGCUGAGGAGGUUCCUGGGCCGGGAGCCCAAGCAGGACGCUUUCCUGGCCAGCAAGGGACUGAAGGUGGAGAGCAACUCGGUGCCUUCAGCCUGAGGCGCCUCCGGGGCCGUGCCGGGGGAAGCUCCUGCCCACGCACCCGCCCUCGCCCGGUUCCCGUCACCAAACACCCCCCGGGCCGCCCCUGCCCGGAGCUGCCCCUCCAGGCUCCCCCUCCUGGGCUUUGGGAGCCGGGCUCAGCCCUCUGUGGUGACGCAGAGGUGACCUGUCCUCGUCCCCUCUGGGGCUGGGGGUCACCCGCACCAAUUGGCUGAACUUUGAACCUGAUUCCUGCACCAGGGUGAGUUUUGGCCUCAUUUUGGAGCCGGGGAGGAGGGGGAGAGGAGUUCCCAAACUUGAAUCUUUGUUUUUAAAUCCCUUCUCUUUUAAGAAAUCUCCUUCUUGUUGUUGUUGCCACCUCGGCUUGGUUUGUGACACAGCUGUCACCAGGGCAGGGACAGUCCCGCUCUCCCCAGCUUUGGGCAGCUCUUGGCUGUGCAGUAAAGAUGGGGAGAUGCCAGAGCUCAGAACCUGCAGGGAGCUGACUGGAACACCCUGCCCUGAGCCCCUCAGGGACCCUCCUGCCCGGCAGGGGGACGGAGGUGGCCGGUGCAGGCGUUCCCAUGGCCUCUGUGUGCUGCCAGAUGUCCCAGGGCCACCUCGGGGUCGUCCUGGGGCCACCCCAGGGCAGCCAGGGGGGCUCAGGCUGUGACAGCCCGAGGGUGUUGCUGUUGCUGUCAGCUCCGAGCCGGGCUGGGGCAGGGGAGGGUUGUGUUUAUGACUGAAAACAGCGAGCUGACAGCUUCAAACAACACAAAUGCCGGGAUAAAAAUAUCCCACGGGCUCCGUGCCAGGCCUUGAGCUGCCAGCGGCGCCACGGGGAGGGACAGCAGCCAGCCUGGGCUGUGCCACCUGCCCCGGGCUGUCCCCAGCGCGCCCCUGGAGCCUGUGUGGCACCAACUGUUGUGGCACGAGGUUCCUGACCCCGCUGGCCAAAGGCUGGGUUUGCUCCCGGCUUGGGAGAGGUUUGGAGCGGAUUCCUCAGGAGCUGAGGAGCUCCAAGGGGGGAGUUGGGAUUUGUGUCCCCACCCCUUCCAGCCUCGGGUGCGUUGAGAGCCGUGGGCUCCGUCCCUGCUGCGCUUUGGGGACACAAGUGACAGCCACCAUCACAGGGAAUCCACAGAGCUCCCCCCCAGCACCGAGUCCUUGCUGUCACCUCCCUCCCCCAGACCCUGCUGGUGGCAGGGGGAGGCCGGUGACAGCCCCCAGCCCGUCCCCUCUGGCUCUGAGUCCCCUCUGGAAGCGGCUCCUCGGUGCUGGCCGGGGCCACCUCGAGCAUCUUGUCCUUGUCCCCCCUCUCUGUGUUCCGGGUGCUGCCGGCCCCGCGCUGUCCCUGGCUGUUUUUAGUGUCCUGUUUUACCGAGCUUUCACCAUUCCUCCAACUCUUCUCUCCAGAGACAGCUUUGGAGCUGGACAGGGAAACCACGCACUUUCCUCCCUUUUCUCCCAGUAGGGGUGACCUGGCACCUCUCCAGUCCCAGGAGCAGCACCGGGACGUGGAGCUGCACCUCCCCAUCCCCAUCCCAGGCUGGCAGGGAAGAGAGCUCCUUUAUUUUGGGGUGGGUUUGGAUUUGGGGGUUGUGGGGUUUUUUUUUUUCCUGCUAACAGUUUUAAGGGCAAACCGGUGUGUGCGUGUGUGUGUGCGUGUGUGUUCGUACUGGUCACGUCCCACCCCGCUUGUUUCCAUGACUGGAUUUUAGACGGUUCCCAGCACUAAUAAAGGUUUUUUCCUCCACGGA